GUCAAAUUGUCAAACAAAAUUCAAAACUGAAUUGUACUCAUGUACUACAGUGUACAAAGUUAGGCUAUUUAUUUUAAUUUACGCAAAAACAAUUGUAAUUUUCACAUUCUAAAUAAAAUCCAGAUUUUAUAGAAUGGCAGCUGUUCUAAAAAAACGAGCUUUGGCUGAAUACAACAAAUCAUUCCAGGAUGGUCCGGUAUCAAAAAAGUUGCAUUUAGCUAAAAAGCCACUAAUAGGAAGCUCGGCAGCAGCCUUUGUGGGAUUACUUGAGAAAUGCAAAUCAAGUGAUGAGGCCCUGCAGUUGCUGCUCCGUAUCUCAGAUUGCCUUCAGUUCCAAGAGUCGGAUGUUGAAGAAGCAAUCAAAAAGCUUUCAGAGCAUUUUCAGUCAGAGGAAGAGUCGGUUGUAAGGGUGAAAAUACUGUGGUUGUUUUGUGAUAUUGGGCUAGAGUGCCCUGGAGCAAACCUUAACAACCUGAUUGAUGAAACUAUACAUUUAAUUAAGAAUGAAACUUCACAUAAGGUAAUAGCACAAGGAAUAGCAACAUUAUUGAAACUAGGCAAUAAACUAAGUGAGGACAAAAUCCUCAUGAUGCGGCUAGUCAAUGUGGCUAGAGACAAUUUGAAGGACACCAGCCAUCAAGUGAAAUGCAGGUGUUUGCAGCUCAUGAGUGAACUGUACCCCAUAUGUCCUGAGCCGGAUAGGACCACAGAAAUGAUUGCUGAGGCUGAUGCUAUCAUUAAAUUGCUUGGAGAUUAUAGUAACGCUGAGGAUGCAAGGGUCCGCUGUGAGGCAUUCCAAUCUCUACUCACGUUACAUGAGCGCGGGUUGACGAUCAGCUUUGACUUGUACGACCUAGUGUGCGCUGCUCUGUCAGAUGACUAUGAGAUUGUGAGAGAAGUCGCGCUCAAACUUGUGUGGCUGUUGGGCAGUAAAUAUCCGGAGAACUCGGUGACGUUACAAGACGGCGAAACAACAAUGAGACUUGUGGACGACGCAUUUAUUCGCAUCUGUUCUGCUGUUAAUGACCUGUCCAUGCAAGUGCGCGCGCUGUCUUGUUCCUUGCUCGGAACUACGCGUGCCGUGUCCGAUAGAUUCCUGCUGCAGACGUUGGAUAAACAACUCAUGAGCAACAUGAAGAAAAAGCGCACGGCUCACGAACGAGGCGCAGAGCUGGUUCGCUCGGGUGCCUGGGCGAGCGGGCGGCGCUGGGCAGACGAUGCGCCCGGACAGCUCAUCGAGCAGGCUGCUGUGCAGCUGCUGCCGGGCGGCGCGGCCGGCGCCUUUGUGCAUGGCCUUGAGGAUGAGUUCAUGGAGGUCCGCACGGCCGCCGUGGAAGCAGUAUGUCAGCUUUCAAUGGAGAACACAGUGUUCGCGACUACUUCCUUGGACUUCCUAGUGGACAUGUUCAAUGACGAGAUAGAGGAUGUGCGGCUCAGAGCCAUCGACAGUCUCACGAGGAUAUCACAUCACAUCAUACUGAGGGAGGACCAGUUGGAAAUCAUUUUGGGCGCUUUAGAGGAUUAUUCAAUGGACGUGAGGGAAGGACUACACAGAAUGCUUGGCUCUUGUACGGUCGCAUCAAAGACGUGCCUCGAAAUGUGUAUCGAUAAGAUACUGGAAAAUCUCAAACGAUAUCCACAGGAUAAGCGAUCAACAUUCCGCUGCGUGCAACAAAUGGGCAGCAAGCACGCGACGUUAGUACUGCCGCUCGCCACCCGCCUGCUCGCCGUGCAUCCGUUCUUCGACAUGCCCGAACCGGACGUCGAAGAUCCAGCUUACAUGUGCGUGUUGAUUCUGGUGCUGAACGCGGCUCAGCACUGCACCACAAUGCUGCCUCUGUUCGAGGAGCACACGGUGAAGCACUACACCUACCUGCGCGACACCAUGCCGCACCUGGUACCGCACCUGCCGAUAGGCGGAGCUCAACAAUCUCGCAGCGAAAAAAGCGAGGCAACGAUGGACGACAGCGCGGUGAGGCGGUUCUUUGACACCGUGCUGCAACACAUCGACAAUGUUACCCUGUCCACUACCGUGAGGCUCAAGAUGUUGCAGUCGGCGGAGGAGCAGCUCAACAAGUUAUCGGAAAUGGAGCCUAUGGUGUCUGGUGCGGCGAACUUCACCGCUUUGUUCGCGCGGUGCGUGCUCUCACUGCACACGGCGCUCAACGCGACCAGCGGGCCGCCCGCGCACGCCUUGCAACAACUGACUACUGACUGUCUCAGGCUACAAUACCAAUUCAGCGCUGUAACAGAGCAAGAGAACGCGUGCGUAUGGCAACUCGCGCUACGAGUGUGCGCGGCGAGGCUCAUCGCUGCGGUGGAGAGUGCCACAGUGGCCACCACUGGCACUGGCAACACUGGCAACUCCGCCAGUGCGGCCACGGCUUUAUCCGCCGCCGCCGCCUUGACGCACCACGCCGAACUGCUGGACAGGAUAUUAGCCUCCGCAGGCGUGGAGCCCGACCCGUUCACUAUAGCGGUGUUCCAGCAACUGUCGCAGAGCGGCGAGCACAAGCCGGCCGCGCUGGCGCGCGCCGUGCAGCCGCUGCUGCUGUCGGCGCCGCUGCCCGUCAUCCCCAAGCCCAACCUCAAGAUUCGAAUGUGUUCAGCGAGCAUAAUAGAGCCUGCCACAGAUAACGACACAGUGCUGCGCUUCUGUGCGGGCCUCAUCACCGGCGUGGCGCUAGAGGCGGAAGUGGUCCGAGUGAAAGACCCGUCCGCUCUCAGAGUGCGGGUGGCGUACCCCGACACACGCGUGCACGCGUUAGUGCCGCCGCGCGACCAUCUGCGCCCGCUCGACCAUACCAACACAAAUGACGAUGGCACCGAAAACGUGCGUAUCCUUACCAAAGUCCUAAUAUCGCACAGUGUAUGGACGGAGCCCUGUGGAGUGGACAUAUCUGUGUGCCUCGCGGUGGAAGAAGGCAGCAGUCGAGACGCCGCGCCAUUGAUCGAGCUGUGUCGGCCGGUGCGCGUCACCGUAGCUCCUAAACCCAUCAAACGGGGCAUAUAGGACUUACUAUUUCAUCAUAUGCAAAGAAAGUUGCAGGGAUUUGUAAAGGACAAUUCGUAAAUCACCAAGAAAAAUAACAAUCAGUUAUUUGAAUAUUUUUCUAAAAAAAUCAGUGGUCAAUAUUGUUUGACAAAAAGUCGCCACCUUUCGGCCGUAUGUGUAGCGGCUCUGUGAGUGAAGUUUGUUAUUGGACUUCUUUAACAGCCAGUAGUGAUCUGGAUUGCACUGAAAUGGUUUCUAUGAGUAUAGUGACCAUUUCAGCCUAAUUUAAUGUAUAGUACGCGACAGGUCGAGAUGGCAACCGGGGUGGGGACGCCCCGCCGCUAAUCUAGAGCGGGAUAGCGGUGUGCGGGCAACAGACGGAAACGUUUAAGUGCGGAAACCAGCCCAGAGAGAAGAAAGAAAGAAAGAAGAGGUGUGCGGGGCUUCCCCCCGCCUCAUCUCAGAUUACCGUCUCGACCUGACCUAUGCUACACAUAUACAGGUAAUGAUUAAAUAAAAGAAUAAAGUUAAAACUUUAAAUUAAUGUGUUUUAUUUAGGUAAUAUUAUUUUUACAAAUAAUAAAAAAUAUAACAAUAAUAGUAUUAAUUUAUUUACACACACAACUUCAAAAUGUAGCUUUAUACACUUAACUGGAAUAAAUAAAACUAUACUGGUUACAGCGAUGUAAAUAUAAAUCCAUGUCUUUGACUGGAUAAAAUAACCUCCUACACUUACAUUUUUGUUUUUUUAACACUUUGACUUCUUACCAUUUUUCAUAAAAUCACUUUUGUGACUAGACCCGAUAACUCCAAUGAAUUAUAUAAAACUAGUUCUCUAUUUUUCAAGUAGUAUAGUGCUGGAUUACAUUGCUGUCCAACAAUAGAAUAGUAUGAACCAGCGAUUAUGGAAUUGAAAUAACAUUAGGUAUAUAUAAUUUAGUCACAAGCACAAAAUCAGAGUACAGGUGAAGAUUCACUGAAACUUAUUGUUUAGCUUUAAAACUGUGUCUCCAAAAAAAAAAAAACUUAAUAAUGGUGCUAAUUGCUUGUAAUAUAUAAAAGUUAUUAAUCUAGUUGGCUUAUAUGUUAACUGUAGCUAUAAACAAUUGGUUCAAUGAGCUUAGUUUUAAAAAUGAAGCAAUCCUACUGGUGAGAUAUGAACACAUCUCUCAUUAUAACCCUCUUACAUUACUUCUCUUGAUUGGUGGUUUGUUGUAGUGUCAGCCCAGCAUAAUGCACUUUGCCAAUGUAGAGUAGCUUGAAGGAGGCACUGCUGGAGAGCACAAGCUUUGUGUCACCAAAAUGUUAUUUAAAUAAAUA